AGAUAAGACCGCGGCAGUUAUGUAGUAGGUCGUUAGCAGGCGGGUUUGGGGCGUUUCUGUCAUUCUGUCACUGAAUUUUUAAUGUUCGACCCCUUUGGCAUCGCUGUUGGAGGGGAGAGCGAUGGGCUCCGGGGCUGUGGAUUCGUCCCAGUGGCUCUCGGUGAAGGAGGAGACGAUAUUUCUCCACGACGGACUCAUUCGGGUCACGGAUCUGGCCGAGCUGCCCAGUGAGAUUGGCGUGUCAGAACAGGGGGACACCGAACAGGAGAUUCUUACUUUUGAGACGAAGAACCCUGUAGAGCUUGCUGAGCGCCUGCGUGCUGUCUGUGGGAAUCAAAGCAACGCGUACGCUCGUCUGCUGGAGUAUCGCCUCAAUGCUCUGCGUGGCCUGUGGGCAGCACAGCGGCAGCUGGCCCUCGAGGAGCAGCAGGAGCGAGAGGGAACAGGAGGGGCUGACGAGGAGACCUUAGCCUUACUCAAAAGACAAGGUCUGCUGCAGCAACCCGAGCAGGCUCCCUUCACGUCUCGUGUCGCCCUGCUGCUGGUCUUCCCCCUUUUGCAGUCUCAGACUCGCAGUGACCCAGCACUGUGCGGUGUAACUGCAGAAGUACUUCUAGCCUGCCUCCGGGACUGCCAGCCGCUGAGCCUGAGCAAAGAGCCCGCUGACUGCCUCAAUGGUCUGGAGGGCUUACUGUGCUCCUGGCUGGAAGACGGAGCUCAGGAGUCGGGCCAGCCUCAGGGCCAGGCUUGUUCACAGAUUCUGCACACGCACAGGCAGCGGGAAAAUGCUGCUGCUGCUCUGGUGGCACUUGCAUGUGCCAGGGGCUCCUUGAAGACGUUUAUCCACACAGUUCACCUGCUGCAAAAACAAACAGAUCUGGGCCAGCUUCCUGUGUCAGAUGUACUUUACAGACUUUUGCUCCUUGAAGGAGGCCCAGGCUCUCCUUCCUGCCUCUUGGGCGGCAAACACAGUGUGUCCUGGGGUUUUGAGGACAUGUUGCCCACACCUGAUAACUCUGCAGGAGGUGCAGAAAGUAAAGACACAGACCUAGGACGUUGUCUAGCCACAGAUGGAUUAUAUCUGUAUUCCACAAAUUCCUCUGGGAGAGGACUCAGCAAGCUUGGCUCUGGUUUACAUGGGACACUGAGGGGUUUUGUGUACUGUAGAAAUGAGGAGCUGGAGCCUGGCUGGGUAGUUUUCUGCAGCGGUCGCCUCCUCCAUCGUCCUUCUUCCUUUGAUGCCAAGCCUCAUCAGCUGUGCCAGGUUGUUGACCCCUUCACUCUCCAGUUGUGCCAGAUCGUGCCCAUGCCAGCUCAUCACUUCCCUGUGGGCAGCAGCAUGACCACGCUGCACCUCUGCUCAGAUGGAACUUACCUGUACUGGAUCUGGUCCCCAGCAAGUCUCAAUGAGAAGACACAAAAAGGCCACUCUGUCUUCAUGGAUGUCUUUCACCUGUCGACACAAACAGGGUUGUGUGUUGCCGACAUCUUACAAGAACGGGUUAUUCUCACUCGCAAAGAUGGCGAAUCUUCCAAGUGCUUGAAUGAACUUCUCUUGAGUCGAAUGUCACGCUUCCGGGCCUCCCAUUCUGCCACACUGGCUGCUCUCACAGGCUCUGCAGUCACCAACACUGUAAAAGAGGAACAGUCUGCUGUCAACACUAGCUGUGGACUCCCUCUAAAGACCUUAAGAAAGACCCCAAUGUAUGUGUGUGGGACCUAUCUUGUAAUGUUGGUCUCACCUCCUGGUGUAUCUGGGAGCUCUGCCACACGAUCCUUAUUUGGAGGCACCAGCAGCCUGUCCUCUCUUAAAAUUUUAGCUUCCAGCCUGGUCUUUAACUUGGCUGAUGGCCAGUUCAGCAGCCGUGCAGACCUCAUUGAUGCUCCUGGCAGUUCUCUAGGCAGAGGAGCCCAAGUGGCAGGGCUAGGAGCAUGCUAUGAUGCGCUGAACAACCUGAUCUGGACCUGCUCCAGUGAUUACAUAGAUCAGUGGUGCAAUCCUGGGAACCAAGCCUUUCAUCAUGUGUGCCAUAGGCUCGGUGUUAGCCAUGUCAUCAAAGUACCCAAAGAGGAAACCGUGGCCACUGGCGAAGUGAUCAACCAGCUACUUCAUCAUGUAGGUGCUAUGUGUAUCCACCAGCUCAACCUGCUUGCAGUUAGCAGCAACAGCCUGCCACUGGAGGCACUACUGGGAAAACAACAUCCCAUCGAGGCCUGUCACUUCAGCAGCAUCUGUGACAUUAUGGAAAAGGCCAUGGUCACUGGAGAUACCUGCAUUAUUCGCUGCAUAUUGGUGGUGUUCCAGGUGGUGUUCAGGUUUUUCAGUCCCCAGUCGGAACAGGACAGAGAGAGUGUUCGACGUUCAGGGUUACUCCUCUGGCAGCUGCUCAUGGCUCCCAUGGAUCAGAUAGGAACAGAGAUUCAAAGAGAGGUGUGCCUGGCCAUCAGCUCAGGCCUGAACACACUGUAUCUGGGGGAGGCAGAACUCGACAAACUACUGAAACUCGUUCUUACUGAAGGUGAAAGAAACAGUGGCCUGUCUCAACUUCGAGAUGUCAUCCUUACCAACCUUGCAGAACAACUGCAGAAGAAUAGAUUUGGGAGUGAAGAAGAUGACCACUACAGACUAAAUGAUGAGCUGCUGCAUUGUGUUCUCAAGACCGUAGUCCGGGAAUCUUGCCUCCUCAUCACCAAAUGCCAAACAGUCGCCAGGGAUGACUUCCAGAAGCUGCUCUCCACUGUACCAGUGGUCUCACCUAGCCUGCGCUACCUCAUGGCUGUUCAAAACCACCUCCUUAGUAACACCAUUCUAAUUCGUCCCGAUGAAAGUGAUGACAGUGACAACUCCCUACAAGGGGAAACAAUGAAGGUACAGGAGCUGCAAAGCAGCAUCUUGUCACUAGCAACAAAAAUCCUGGUGGGAUGUGACGAAGUGCUGGAGACCCUGCAGCAGGUGACCACAGCUCUGAUAAACAGCGACAUAACUGACAGAGAGACCAGGUUGAAGGGUUUGGAGCAGGUUACCAAGGCUACUAUGCUUGGGCAUCUGCUGCCUGUGCUGCUCACCUCUCUGAUGCACCCCACCUUGCAAACCCUCACCCUUGCUGAUGCUCUCAUGCCUCUGUUGGUGCAGCUAGUGCUCUAUACUAGUCAGACUGCCUUGUUACUAAAGACCCAGUCUCCUCUUUUUACUGAGGAGCCUGUGUCAGGAAGUGGCUCUCUGGGGCAGGGAGCAAAGGCCUGUACUGCUGAUGACAAGAUUCUUGAUGAACGUGAGGAACCAGGUUUCCUGACUGGAUUGAAGAUCCCUGCCCCAUGGGCAGCUGGGAAAACAAUUGAGACAAUGCACCCUGUGAGGGAUAAUUACAAGUUCAAAGAGACGGUACAUAUCCCAGGAGCUCGCUGCCUCUACCUUCGCUUUGAUCCUCGCUGCUCCUCGCAGUAUGACUAUGACAAGUUGGUUAUCUAUGCUGGUCCCAACACCAACAGUCGUAAAGUAACAGAGUAUGGAGGAAACACUCUGGGCUACGGCAGUCGUAGUGUUCUGGGAACAGGAUGGCCUAAAGACCUUGUUAAGGUUGAAGGAGACACCGUUACAUUUUCUUUUGAGAUGAGGAGUGGACGAGAGCACAACACUCCUGAUAAAGCCAUGUGGGGGUUCUCUUGCACUGUCAGAGCUCAGGAGUCCUCUGAUGACGUCUCUGGAGGGCUUCCAUUUCUUGCAGACCUUGCACUGGGUCUGUCAGUGCUGGCUUGUUCAAUGCUCCGCAUUUUAUACAAUGGGCCAGAGGUGACAAAAGAGGAGGAAGCCUGCCAUGAUUUACUGUGCUCAAAGCUGCUGCAAAGGUGUCAGUGGCAGGUGGAAGCAAAUGGUGCUAUUUCUCCUGCUCUCACACCUAGCCCCUCACCUCUGCCACUUACCAUCGAGGAGGAUCGGGAGUUUACCUACCCCUCCGAUGUGCUCAUCCCACCUCCAGGCCUCAUGCCAGGGACAUACUUUGAUUUGCCUAGGAUCCGUCUUCCACCAGGGAUCAUGAGUAGGCUGAGAGAAGUGUCUGGAAGAGCUCGCCCUCAGUUCCGCCCUAGCAUCAAGGAGGUGAUCCGACCAGAUGUCCUGGAAGAGGUCAUAGUGUCCUGCGUCAUAAAGCAUCUAAGUCUGGUGGAUGCUCUUCAGUCGCUUGUCAACUAUCAGUAUCGUGAAGACCAUGCAGAAGAAUAUGACCUGGUGUGUAAGAUUAUGGUUGAGACGUUUAAGAAGAUCAAUGCAAUGGAGCGUCAGCUGCAGAGUGUUGCAGAAUUGGAGCAGAAGUGGCAGAAUGAGGUAGAGGAGGCGCAGCAAGGAAAACUGGAAAACAACACGCCCUUUUUUCAUGACUACCACUUCUUUGAGAACAAAAUGAAGGAACUAGAGUUACUCUGCUCACUGAAGGAAAUCCCAUUUGAUUUUAGUGACUUGGAAAAUGUUGUUCUUGCACUGAGGGAGAAAUUCUUUCAUGACGUGAACACCACGCACAGCAGAAGCAUCGUCCCACUUGCUAAAACCAAAACUUUGGUAAAAAGUUUGAUGAAUCGCUCUGAGCUGCUUCUCCACGUUACCAUCGCUCCACAUUGUAGAAGUCUAACCUCCACACCAGCUGGCACGCCAGGUCCAGCCUCUAAAUCAGUGUCAGAUGCCAAAACGGUAAUCCCCUUGGUCAAGCAGCCAGUCUUUUUGCGCAGCAUGUCUGCCCCUUCAGACUUGGAGAUGAUUGCUAACCAAGAUUUAGAAUUUACACACGCUCCUCAAAGAAGGAGACACCACCCGUCCAGUCAUCGCAGCAGCUCAUUUACUUUGCUUCAGUCUUUGGCUGUAGAGGACAGCCGGGACAAGCCAACAUACAGUGUGCUGCUGGGACAGCUCUUUGCCUUCAUCGGAACUACACCUGAUCAGGCGGUGUCCAGCAGCAGCUUUUUGUCAGCCGCACAGACACGCUGGAGACGAGGCAGCACGCGCAAGCAGGCACUAAUUCAUAUGAGAGAAUUACUAACUGCUGCUGUCAGAGUGGGUGGGGUAACUCAUCUGGUGGGACCUGUCACUAUGGUGCUGCAAGGAGGUCCAAGGAUAGAGGAGCUGACCUGUGGUGGGAUGGUCGAACAGGUGCAGGAGGCCUUUGGAGAAACGAUGACCUCUGUAGUAUCGCUAUGCGCUCGCUACCCCAUUGCUUGUGCCAACAGUAUUGGCUUGCUUUGCACAAUCCCAUACACCAGGAGUGAGGAGCAAUGCCUUGUUCGCAGUGGUCUCGUCCAGCUUAUGGAUAGACUGUGUAGUUUAAGUGGUCAGAGGGAAUGCAGCUCAAAUGAGAAACAGACCAAGAAGCAGAAGGUGGCCACAAUGGCUUGGGCUGCCUUUCAGGUGCUGGCUAACCGGUGCAUCGAAUGGGAGAAGGUGGAAGGUGGCUCUACAGAUGCAGUUCAUUCUGGUCUGGCAAGGCAGGUCUCCAGUCUGCUGACCAAUCACCUAGCCAGAGCUACAGAGUGCUGUGGCAAUCAGGCAGCUGGCAAUGACGCUUUACAGGAUGUGCUCAGUCUGCUCAAUGAUCUUUCCAGGAGCCACAUUGGGAAAGCUAUCCUUAGCCAGCCUGCGUGUGUUUCAAAGCUCUUAUCUCUGCUGCUUGAUCAGAGACCCUCUCCAAAGCUAGUACUUAUCAUCCUGCAGCUCUGCCGAGCUGCUCUGCCUCUCAUGAGUGUAGAGGACUGUGGUAAUGUGGCUUUGCCCUCGUGGAGUUACUCUAUUAACACACUAGAUGCUGAGCAACAGGAUGCCAGCGACCCAGCUUCACGUAUUGCUGCCUUGCUGCUAGCUAAACUAGCAGACUAUGUAGUACCAGGAUGUCAGACUCUUCUUUCCCCCAGCUCCUCUGAGCCAGACACUAGUCUGUCUCGUGCCAGUUCCAAAGGAGCUCUCAAGCCAGAGGAUAUUGGGGAGGAGGCAGAAGCAGUUGAUGGCAAGCUGUCUAUUUUUAUACACAAACGAGAGGAUCAGUCAUCUCAUGAGGUUUUGCAACCACUUCUAAGCAGCUCUGAAGGACGUCCUUUUCGACUUGGCACUGGAGCAAACAUGGAAAAGGUGGUGAAGAUGGACAAAGAUAUGACAAAGAGCGGAAGCUGUGAGGUGAUCACAGAAGAAGCAUCGGCUGCCCUCAGGAAGGCUAACAAAUGGGCUCAGUCUGGUCUCAUAGUGAGUGUUGGUCCACCUGUGGAGACGUUGGCUCAAGAAUCUGCAGGGGGCGUUACGACUGGAGACAAGAAGAAAACUGCACAGACGGCUGUUUGUAGGGACAGAAAUGCUGAGUUGGCCAGGUCAGACCCUGUGAGGCCGUUUAUCAGUGGCCAUGUUGCCAACAGUAUGGCUGCUGAGGUUAUUGCCUUGCUGCAUAGUCUUCUCACUGCACCAGAAUCCAACACUGCACAGAUCUGGACCAGUACUGUGGAAAAGGUGCUUUCCCGGGCACUGAUGUUUAUCCCUCAACUGGGGAAAUAUGCUGAGAGUAUCCUGGAGAAUGGCAGCAGCAGUGGCAGAAAACUAGCUAAACUUCAGGCUAUUGGAAGGCAAGCUGUUGCUGCACUUUGUGCACUUGGAGGCUUCAAAGAAACUAUUAAGAUCGGUUCUGAAGUCCAGGUGUUGGGUAAAGGGGUGCUGGGUAGUGUGGGCAUUGUCAUGUCCAUAAAUGAGCAGGAGGGCAUCGCUACUGUCAGAUUUCCUUCUUGUGAGUACAGGAGAGCCUGCAAAGCCUCAGAUGUUUUGACAGUACCAAUAUCACGCCUCUGCACUCCUAGAUCUGAGGCUCUCCCCAUCUAUAAGCUCUCGAUCACAGAAAAGGUGGUACAAGCAGUACAGUCGAUGCUGCUGCCUCAAGAGGGCAGUCUCUCUAUACACACCUCUCUCCCAGCUACGGGAGAUGGCUCAAGCCCAGUAAUGGCUGCAGUGCGCUUGCUGGCUGAAAUCAGAACGAGGGCAUGCCUGGUUAUGGCCCAGCUGUUGGAGGAUAGCUCCUUCUGUGAAGAGUUCAUUCAGCAGUGUCCAGCUGCUGUUGAGGUUCUCAACCUGGUCGCUCAGGAGUGCAGUCCUGGAGAACGUCUUGUUAUGGUUGAAGCACAGUGUGAGAGAGUAAGAAUGCUGUACCGGGACUGUGCUCGACCACCGCCUCCUCCUCUGCAGACAGACAGGCGGCAGCCAAAGGAGAUCACUUGGUGUCCGUCCAGAGUGUUCCCUCCAGUCCGUGCAUGCCUCUUCUCAUCCCGGCUCACUUCAGUCACCUUCUUGGCUGAUCCAAGUGCUGGAGGUGGGCUGCCCAGAGGAACGUUCAUUUAUGCCACCUCUCCUGUACCUAUUCAGGCGCCAUCUUUUUACUGGGAGAUAGAAAUUGUCUCCUAUGGAGACUCUGAGGAGGACAGUGGCCCAAUUGUGUCUUUUGGUUUUGCCACAGAGGCAGAAAAGAGAGAUGGAGCGUGGACGAACCCUGUCGGCACAUGCUUGUUUCACAAUAAUGGCAGGGCAGUGCAUUAUAAUGGCUCCAGCUUGCUGCAGUGGAAGAGUGUCAGGCUCGAUGUGGUUCUGCUUCCUGGUGAUGUGGCUGGAAUUGGCUGGGAGCGUUCUGAGGGCACUCCUCCUCCCCCUGGACAGGCCCCUAAAGGCAGGGUCUACUUCACUUACUGCGGCCAGCGGCUUCAUCCUGUUCUAGAAGAUGUAGCGGGUGGAAUGUGGCCUCUUGUUCACAUUCAAAAGAAGAACGCAAAGAUUCGUGCCAACUUCGGAAACCGCCCUUUUGCAUUCGCAGAAGGCCAAGCACACAGGAAUGCGGCUGACUUGUGUGUGGAUCUUGCAGAAGAAAUAAGUGCAAAUUUUGAAGCACUCCCUUUUGCUAUGGCCUCAGACAGUGAUAAUGAUGCGGGGGCCAGUGUCACUUCAGAUUCUGGCUCUCAUGGUCCACCUUGUCGGAUUGCAGCUCUUGCAGUUGCUCUGCAGCAGUACAACAGUGACCUGUCGUGCCAUUACAAGGUGGAGCUCAGCUAUGAGAACCUGGUCACCUCAGGUCCUGAUUCACAUCCCCCACCUAUCGCAGAUGAUGAGAGUGACGACGAGGAUGAUGAUGAUGCUCCAAGAGAGGAUCACUAUGCUCUUCUGGUAAAGGCCUGGGAGACGAAGGUAUUCCCUACAAUACGUAGGCGGUUUCGCAAUGAGGCAGAAAGAAAAUCUGGCUUGGACCAAAUCAAGGGUGCCCUGCAACUGGGCAUGGUUGACAUUGCAAGACAGACUGUGGAGUUCCUGUAUGAAGAAAAUGGUGGCAUUCCUCGAGAUCUCUACCUCCCGACUAUUGAAGAUAUUAAGGAUGAGGCCAACAAGUUCACUAUUGAUAAAGUCCGCAAAGGUCUGACUGUAGUCAUCCGCUGUCCUGACAGCAACAACACCAACAGCACCACAGGGGGAACAGCACUGCCCAAAUUUGCAAUCCGUGGGAUGCUGAAGACCUUUGGUUUGCAUGGGGUUGUUCUGGAUGUGGACUCUGUGAAUGAACUGGUGCAAGUAGAGACGUACCUGCGCAGUGAGGGCGUGCUUGUGAGAUACUGGUAUCCCAUAGAGAUGCUUGAACGCCCACCUGCUGGAUCUCGACGUACUGCGGCUAAUGGCUUGGUCUCAUUGGACAGUAGCAACAUUCAGAUUCAUAGGGAACUUCUCCGCUGUGAAAGCGCACUGGCUCGAUUAUACUGUCGCAUGGCGUUACUAAACAUCUUCGCCCCCAAGAAUCCCCACACGUUCACUCGUCUCUUCCACAUACCUGCUAUCCGUGAUAUUACUUUGGAACACCUGCAGCUUCUCUCUAAUCAGCUGCUGGCGCCUCCUCUUCCCAAUGGCACUAUUAGUUCCAGCUCUAUUCUCUUGGCUCAGUCAUUGCUUCACAACCUUGAGGGCCAAAGCUGCUCUCCCACAGACCUGUUUUACCAGGGCAACGCUCAGCCCAUCCGGGAGUGGUUGACAGUGGCCAUCACUCGUGCCUUGCAUCAAGGAGAGGAAAGUUUACUGGAGCUCACAAAGCAGAUCUGUUGCUUCCUACAGAAUGCACCUGAACAGUUUACAUCAGAGGAGUUUCCUGUGACGGAGUCAAAAGUUGGCAUGGAUGUCAGCUUUCCAGGCGCUGCGUUUGUGAGUGUGUCCUGCAAAGAAAGCCAGCUAGGCUGCCGCAAAGAUUCCAGCCUGUACAAGGCUCCCUGGGCUCGAGUCAUGGUGUAUGGCCUGGGUCAUAAAGUUCGUAGAAAUGGUCAGCUGAAUCUGAUGGAGGCCGUGUGUUAUCCUCUUGAUGCCUCUCCUACCAACACAGGUCUUACUCCUCCCCCCAUCACCAACCAAUACCCCUCAGUUAUCAUCCCCACUGAUAAAGUGCACAUCAAACUGGGGGUGUCACCCCCACCUGGUGCUGUACUGGUGCUGCACUCUUUGCCGUUAGAGUUUCCUUUGGCCAUGGCCUUUGCUGAGCAACUGUUGACGUGGAAGCUGGGAGAGAGCUGUGAACGACUGGAGGAUGAGCUGGACACAGUUCCCUCGUCAGUGCUGCUGCAGGUGGUAGAGCUACUUGGUGGAUUGCUUUGGACUACUGAUCUGGCACCCUCCAUCAAAGAACUGAUCUUUCACUUGUUAGCCGAGCUUUUGCGGAAGAUCCAUCACUUAGAGCAACGCAAGAGCCCCGCUGGCCUCUCCAGCUCCAUUGCUCUGCUGCUUAACCCUUGCCUCGCAGUGCUCAUGGCCAUGCAAACAGAACUUCGAAAGCUUUAUGACCGAGAAACUCAGGGAUGGACUGCUGGAGGGCCCGGAGCAGGAGGGUCUUCUUCUGGAAACAUUGCGUUGGCACCGGGGGCAGAGCAGAGCCGGUUCUCUACCUACUUCCAUGCCUUGAUGGAGAUGUGUCUGGCAGUGGCAGAGGUGACACUUCCCCUCAAUGUUGGCAACUCUUCAGUGGGAACUCUUUCCUCUACAAGUGCCCCUAACCUUAGUGACUCCUCUUCAUCAUCUUCAUCAUCCCCAGGCCAGACUCCACAAAGCCCCAGUCUGCUAUCCAAACGUAAAAAGGUGAAGAUGAAGCGUGAGAGAGCAGCGGCUGCUGUGGCAGCAGCUGUCUCUGGGAAACGGGGAAGUGGAGGUGCAAGGUUGUCAGAAAGCGACAGUGCCCUCCUGAACAUGGCAGGAGGAAAACCUGAGGACAUGCUAUGGUUCCACCGCUGCCUCACACUUCUGAUGAUCUUGCGACAUCUUGCCAAUAAGGACCCACAAGGCCUGAGUGUAACGAGCGAUGCAGUGACAGAUGCUUGCCAGGCCCUGGUGGGUCCCACUGCUCACAGCCGCCUGCUGGUUCUCUCAGGAAUCCCCACGCACCUCGAGGAGGCCGUGGUUCGGAAUGCUAUCCGCAGGGCUUGCAAUGCACAUGGUGGACUCUUCAAAGAUGAAGUCUUCAUACCUCUGCAGGAAGAGGACCCUAAAAAGAAAUCAGGAGUUGGAGUGUCAAGCCCUCAGGAUGCCAAAGUAGUCCCUGAACCUGAACGACCCUUUCCCAGCAGUGGAGGUCUCGAGAGUCCCGACAGCUCCAGCAGUGUCACUCCAGCACUGAGUGUGAGCGCUUCAGCUUCUACUAGCCAGACCUCUAUUUGUAGCUCCUCUCAGGGCGUUUCCCGCACGGUCAGUGAACUUUCUGUUGACCAGGAGCUUUUAGCAGUUCCACCUCUCACCCCUGCAGCUGCUGCUUCUGCUGUCACAUACCCCACUCAGGGCCCCCAAGACCCUCAGGCCGUUUCUAGUCAGGAAAGUCUUGAUACCUCCCUAUGUAGCACAGGAAGCCUGGGGAGUCUUGGCAGCUUGGGGGAGCCUGUCGACAACACAGAUACACCAUCUGUGUCUGAUGGGGGCUCUUUACACACAGUCACUUCUUUUGAGAGUAACGCCGUCACAUCCAGGCCCAUUAAGGGCUAUGCUGUCAUCGAGAUUCGCUCUCGAGCUAAGGUGGAAAAGAUUCGAGCCAGUUUAUUCAACAGCAGUGACCUGAUUGGCUUGUCCAGCCUGGAAGGAGAAGAGGAGCUGAUGGAGUUGACCAAUGAGGAGAUCCUCACUGUUUCAAGUGUUAACCAAAGCCUGUUUGAUACACAGGGAAGCUCUGCCCUAGAAGAUUACUUCCUGGACAAGUCCAUCAAAGGUGACAAGCUUGUACCUGGAGCGAGAGACGUCCUUACUGAUAUUUUUAAAAGCUGUGUGCACUCGGAGCAGAUGCUCAGCCUCACGCCAUCCAAGCCUGUUAAAGUAUCUGACAUUUACCUCAGCAAGGAGCAGAUCAACUCUCAGACACCUGGAAACCUGCUACAUACUUUUUUCACCAACAUUCGACCGCCUAAGAAAAUGCUUGAAGACCAACUUACUCUGAUUUUAAGGAAGUAUGGAACUCCCAAGCCUAACAAGAACAAGUACAGUAAAGCUGGCAAAGAACAACAUCAAGGCAAGGUUGUGAGCACCAAGAGACCAAUCACGAAGCCUCUUACCAAGGAAAAGUCUGUCCUCAACAGUGUCAGAACGGCACUGAGUGAGAAGAAGGCAGUCCUCAAACCAAAGUCUCCUGAGAAAUCCAAACCUGACGAGAAAGAUGUAGAAAAAUCUCCUGCCAAAAAAACUGAAGUCUCCGAGGAGAAGUGCUUAACUCUGGAAGGUUUUCACAAGUUUGCUGUUGACCGGGCCAAGCAGGAUAUCCGCAGCAUGUGGAGAGCCAUUUUGGCUUGUGGUUAUGACCUUCACUUUGAAAGGUGCACCUGUAUAGACACCCGCCAUGCCCAGAUGGCUUGUAGAAAGUGGAGCUUAGAAAUGGAUGUGGCAUUGGUACAGUAUAUCAACAGACUGUGUCGCCACCUGGCUAUCACACCAGCCAGACUGCACCCCCAUGAAGUGUAUCUGGACCCCAGCGAUGCUGCUGAUCCUCGUGUUGCCUGCCUCCUCAAUGUGCCUGUGGAGAGUGUGCGCUUGCGCUUUGCCUUGCUGCAGUCCCUCAACAACACCCUGGAGGGCUUCUUCCUCCCACUUGUGGAGUUGCGACAGACACAUACGUAUCAGAACAGCAUUGCGGCACUGUUGUGUGAGGCAAAAGGCCUAAUCUUCUACGACACUAAGGUCACUGUAAUGAACAGAGUAUUGAAUGCCACAGUGCAGCGAACAGCUGACCAUGCUGCUCCAGAGAUUACACUGGACCCUCUAGAAAUAGUUGGAGGUGAAAUCAAAUCAUCAGAGAACACUUAUUUCUGCCAGGCAGCACACCAGUUGUCUUGUGUGCCGUCAUCCCAGCUCUGUGUGAAACUGGCCAGCGGUGGAGAUCCAACAUAUGCCUUCAACAUCCGCUUCACUGGAGAAGAAGUUCAUGGCACAAGUGGCUCUUUUCGACACUUCCUGUGGCAGGUGUGUAAGGAGUUACAGAGCUCUGCUCUUUCCCUGCUGCUUCCCUGUCCCAGUUCUGCAGCCAACCGUAACAAGGGAAAGUUCAUCCUGACUCCCAGCCCCAUCAGCUAUGCAGAAGAGCAGUUGUUGCACUUCUUUGGUCAGCUGUUAGGCAUAGCCAUUCGCGCUGAUGUCCCACUUCCUUUGGACCUACUGGGCUCGUUUUGGAAGGGCCUCGUUGGCAAACCUCUUGACCCAGAGCAGGACUUGCAGGAAGCUGACGUCCUCACCUACAACUACGUCAAGAAAUUUGAAAAUGUGAUUGAUGAGAGUGAGCUGGAGGCCCUGUGUGCUGAAAUCACCUCACAGCACCAUUCAGGAGAAAGCCCAGACUCCCCGAGCCGGCCCUGCUGCACUUUUACCUACGUCACUAUGACUGGUGAAGAUGUGGAGCUUUGUCAGGGUGGGCGCAGCCUCGCUGUCAGCUGGGAGAAUAAGGAUGUUUAUUCACGGGCGGUACGAAAUCUUCGUCUGAGGGAGCUGGAGAAUGUGGAGUGUAUGACAGCGGUGCACGCUGGGCUCGGUUCCAUCAUUCCCCUGCAACUUCUGACCAUGCUCAGCCCCUUGGAGAUCGAGCUGCGCACAUGUGGUUUACCUUACAUCAACCUGGAGUUCCUCAAGGCUCACACCAUGUAUCAAGUGGGUCUAAUGGAGACCGACCAGCACAUCGAGUUCUUCUGGACCGCCCUGGAGAUGUUCACUCAGGAAGAGCUCUGCAAGUUCAUCAAGUUUGCGUGCAACCAGGAACGCAUCCCGUUUACUUGCCCAUGCAAGGACGGUGGGCCAGACACAGCCCAUGUCCCCCCAUACCCCAUGAAGAUUGCCCCUCCAGACGGGGCUGCAGGUCAGCCUGACUCGCGCUACAUUCGUGUGGAGACGUGUAUGUUCAUGGUUAAACUGCCCCAGUACACUUCUUUGGACGUGAUGCUGGAGAAGUUGCGCUACGCCAUCCACUACCGCGAGGACCCUCUUAGUGGAUAAGAAGAAUUGACAAGCUGGACAUUUCCAACCAGAUGAACCCAACACCUCACCUCUUACCUAUGAUCUCAUCCUUCCUUCAUCCCGUUUUAUCUUU